AAGAGAGCCCCAAAGCUUCUUUCUUUACUUUUAUUUUAAAACUAUAUAUUUAUUUUUAAGUGUUUUAAAAAAAUCUAAAAAUGGCCUCGACAUUUCUCUUCCAGUCAUCUCCAGCCAUUCUUGAUAAGUCUGAAUGGGUCAAGGGUCAGACCCUUCGCCAGCCAUCGGUCUCUGUGGUCCGGUUCAGCCCCGGUGCACCCUCUGCGCUAACGGUCCGUGCCUCGUAUGCCGAUGAGCUUGUCAAAACCGCGAAAACUGUAGCGUCGCCUGGCCGAGGAAUCCUGGCCAUGGAUGAGUCGAAUGCUACAUGCGGAAAGAGGUUAGCUUCGAUUGGUCUCGAGAACACCGAGGCCAACCGUCAGGCCUACCGUACCUUGCUUGUUACCCCACCAGGUCUUGGCAACUACAUCUCUGGUGCUAUCCUCUUCGAGGAGACCUUGUACCAAUCCACCGUUGAUGGCAAGAAGAUUGUCGACAUCCUAGUUGAACAGGGAAUCGUUCCCGGAAUCAAGGUCGACAAGGGUCUAGUUCCGUUGACUGGCUCAAACGACGAGUCAUGGUGCCAAGGUCUUGACGGCCUCGCCUCACGCUCUGCGGCUUACUACCAACAGGGUGCUCGUUUUGCUAAAUGGCGUACAGUCGUGAGCAUUCCCAACGGCCCAACGGCACUUGCAGUCAAGGAAGCAGCAUGGGGUCUGGCUCGUUAUGCUGCUAUUUCUCAGGUAAAACAACUUACCAGUUGCUCUAAACAGUUACCCUUUUGGUUUAAGGGUGUUUUAAGAUCAAAAGUUUUGAGUUUUCAGGAUAACGGUUUGGUCCCAAUUGUCGAGCCUGAGAUUUUACUAGACGGUGAGCAUGGAAUCGACAGGACUUUUGAGGUUGCAAAGCAGGUGUGGGCUGAGGUGUUCUUUUACCUUGCUCAGAACAAUGUUCUCUUUGAAGGCAUCCUAUUGAAGCCGAGCAUGGUUACCCCUGGGGCCGAUUGCAAGGAAAGAGCCACACCUCAACAGGUCGCGGAUUACACUCUCAAGCUCCUCCAACAAAGAAUCCCACCAGCAGUUCCUGGAAUCAUGUUUUUGUCCGGUGGGCAAUCUGAGGUGGAGGCUACACUCAACUUGAACGCAAUGAACCAAAGCCCGAACCCGUGGCACGUGUCGUUCUCAUACGCACGUGCUCUUCAGAACACUUGCUUGAAGACAUGGGGAGGAAGACCCGAGAACGUGAAGGCGGCUCAGGAUGCUCUGCUCCUUCGGGCUAGUGCCAACUCUCUUGCUCAGCUUGGGAAAUACACCGGUGAGGGUGAGUCCGAGGAGGCCAAAAAGGGAAUGUUCGUUAAGGGCUACGUCUACUAAGCAAGUUUAAAGUCAAAAGGGUUGAGCGUAGAACAUGAAGAAAAAGGUUUAAUAUGCAACAUUGAUAAGGUCUAAUAGCCCAUGGAGACUGCUGCUUUUGUUCAUAGCAUGUACUUCUAGCAAUUCUAUAAGUAUUUCAUGUCGAGUGAUGGAUUCUAAUCUCUAGUAAUUUCAAGAGAUAUCGAUAAAGAUGAUUUUCGUUAAGAUAUAAUGACGUGUAUAUCAUGC